CAGCCCCGGGGCGGCACCACAACUCAGGCGCUGGGGACUCAGGGAGGUCCCGUUACUCCUGAGCAGGACUCGACGGGACUCCUGGCGGAGGGGGGGUCCCUCACUCGUCGUCUCCUGGAACCAGAGACGGGACCAAGGGGGGCCAUGGCGGAGGAGGAAAGCGCAACCUCAGGCAGCUGGCGAAGCCUACUGCGCCGUCACGGGGCCCCGCGUUUCCACACGACCGUGCGCCUCGACACCAAGGGAUCGGCGGCCGAGCGACUCCUGGUGCUGACGGCGUGGAGGGGCUUCCUGCUGUCGACUCGCACCCCGAACAAGGUGGAGUCCACGUUCCACUUUUUGGAGAUCCAGGCAGCCACACUCAAGGGCAACAAGUUGCUGCUAGAGACGGAGCGGGUCGGCGUCACCAUGGCGAUGAGCUCUGCGGAGGAGGCCGACGUCGUUCUGGUGCACAUCAUGGUCGCCGCACAGGCCGCAGUGCCCGGGGUCAGCCCUCCUUUCUUGAAGAGGCUGACUCUGGACAUGCACGAGCGGGCGAACUCCUUGCAGACAGCCUGGGCCCGGCAGAGCAUUGUGGAUAUGGGGCCUUGUGGAGGAUUCUCACAGACGUAUGCUUGCGUCUGCGAUCAGCUGGGCCUGCCCUGCCGGGAAGAGGUGCAGUGGGACGUGGACACCAUCUACCUGUCCCACGACUCACGCGAGCUCAGCCUCAAUGACUUCAGCCACCUGGACGGCAGGGACCUGGUCCCCAUCGUUGCGACGCUCGAGUUCAGCUCCUGGUUCACCAAGCUGCACUGCAAGGACGUCCGGCUGUCUGCAGAGGUCUGCGAGCAAGUGCUGCGCGUGAUGUCGCGAUCCUCGCGCCUGGAGGAGCUGGUGCUCGAGAACGUUGGGCUCAAGUCUGAUUUUCUGCAGAAACUUGCCACGGCUUUGACCCAAAAUCCUGCCAGCUGCCUCCACUCCAUAAAUGUGUCCAACAACAGCCUGGAGGACCGAGGGCUGUAUCAGCUGAGUCAGCAGCUGAGCCGACUUGGCAAGGGACUACGCAGUCUCAACCUGUCCCGCACAGCGCUCACGCUCAAAGGGGUGAACGCGAUGUCGCAGGCGCUGAUGACCAGCGAGUUGACCCUGAACUCGCUCACGUGCCUAGACCUCUCUGGUGUCAUCCUGCGCGCAGACGAGACGUCGAACCUGUACGCGUUCCUGGCGCAGCCCAACGCCCUUGCGGUGCUUGACCUGUCCGGCACGGAGAGCGUCGUGGAGACGAUGUUCGGGGCGCUCUUGCGGGGCUGCUGCCGGCACUUGCAGGAGCUGCGCCUGUCAAAGAACGUCUUUUCUUAUCGGAAGGCCCGAGACGUGCUGCCCUCCUGCAGGCGUUUCUUCAGCAGCGCUCUCAUCCUGUCUCACAUCGACCUCUCCGACACCCGCCUACCGGCCCCCGCCGUCCGGGAGCUGCUGCUGGGGCUGGCAGCGAACAAGCACCUGCAGGACGUGUCGCUGGAGCUCAGCGGCUGCGAGUUGCGUAUGGAAGGAUCCAAGGCUCUCAAGUACUGCCUGGAGGACGUCCCAAACCUCUCGCGCCUCGACCUGGCCGACAACGGUCUGGAUAGCGAUCUCCUGUCGCUCAUGAAUGUCCUCGGCAAGAAUCGCUCCAUACGCCACCUCGACCUCGGCCGUAACUUCUCCAGCCUUAAGCCCAAGAUGCUGUCCAAGGUGCUGGACGGGGUGGUGCAGCUGAUACAGGACGAGGACUCGAUGCUGCAGUCCCUGUCGCUGGCCGACUCGCGGCUCAAGAGCGGCACGAGCGUCGUGGUGAACGCGCUCGGCAGCAACGCGACGCUCGCCAGCGUCGACCUGAGCGGCAACGCCAUGGGGGACCUGGGGGCGCGCAUGCUGGCCAAGGCGCUCGCCAUCAACAGCUCGCUCCGGACGGUGAUCUGGGACAAAAACGGCACGACCGCCCAGGGCUUCCAGGAUGUGGCCAGUGCCCUCGAGAAGAACUACAGCCUGCGAUUCAUGCCUCUUCCCAUGCACGACGCGGCGGCCGCAAUGAAGACGCAGCCGGAGAGGACAGAGGAGGCCCUGCAGAAGAUCGAGAAGCUGCUGUUGCGGAACCACGGCUCGCGGCGUUCGUGCCCGGAGCAGGCGUACCGCCUGCAGCACGGCAUCCUCGCCAGCACAUCCCAGCAGCUGGUGGACAGGAUGUGCGUGAGGGCCCAGGACCAGCUGAGGGCCCUGCAGAGGGGAGCGGUGGGGGCGGCCGAGGGCCCUGCCCGCUCAGACAUGAUGCACGCUCAGGCCCUGCUGCAGGAGGCCAAGAACUCCAAGGCCCUGCUGCCCACGCUGUUCCACCACAGCCCAGGGGGGCCCGACCCCCUCAGCGUGCAGAUGGAGGAGACGACGGCGGAGGUGGCGGCCGUGCUCGACUCGCAGCUGCAGGCGAUGCUGGAGGCGAUGGUGCGCGUGGGGGAGGGGCUGUGCCCACACACGACGGCGGCGCCGGGCGUCCGUGCCGCCCUCCUCGCCGCCGGUGCUGAGAGAAUCUCCGUCCCGCGCUCGCUCGUGCGGAGCCUCGGCCUCGAGCAGGCGGCCGUGGAGCUCCACGACAAAGCGAGCGAGGUGCGCCUGUCCCUGUCGGCACUCCUGGCGGACCGCAUCACGGACAAGCUCUUGGAGCAGCUGUGCGGCGUCCACGCCAAGCUGGCUGGGCACCUGGCUAGCCACGGCCUCGCGCUGGGGGGGCAGCCACCUCCCGCAGGACAGACCUCACCGCAGGAAGACGGCGCUCACUCCGAGGAGGCCGACAUCGUCACGAUGUCGCCCGUCUCGCGCAAGCGGAGCCUUCGCAACAGGAGGAUGCGGCCGGUGUCGCGUGCCUUCGCCGACGGCGCGCUGGAUGGUGGAGCCGUGGCUGCGACGGCAGCGCCGCAGAAGGGCGGCACGAGCGAGCUGCCGCCGAUGGACGUGUCGGAGCCGCCGCCAGGAGAUGCGGGGAGGCUGGAGCACGUGACCAAGACGAGACCCAAGAAACCGGGUCGGCCGGGGCGGCAGCACCGCCCGUCCGUCUCCGCAAGUCUCCGCGCUGUUCAGGAUGAGGGAGCUGUUGAUGAAGGAAUCGCUGAGUUCUUCACCAAGAAAGUCCUUCCUCCUUCAGCCAGGCUCCAGGCUGUGGGAACAGAGAGGGGACAACACCCACAGGAAGAAGGCCCCAAGGGCAGGAAGGGCAGCUUCUUCUCCUUCCUGAAGCCCUGGGCCCCACGGCCACCGCAGCUCACGUCUCAGCCCAGCUUGGAGCUGGGCCCGGCCUCCACAGCGCCCGACAGCUCUGAGUCGUCGCUGCUGCCGCCGCCGGCAGUGGAGAAGGACGCGGUGGAGUUGGCGCGCGAGGGCCCCACGGAGGCGGCCGCAGCGACGGAGGAGCCGGCGCCCCCCGUGGAGCGCUGGCGCUUGUUCGGCGUCCCCGUCAUGAUGCCGCCCCACCCGACCGGGCCGCCAUCCCAGCACCCCGAUCUCACCUCCGGCAGGACCAAGAAAUCGGAUUCGGUCAGCCAAGACGACGACGACUCGGCGGACAGCAAGAGCUACGCCCCGGGGCCUGGAGGUCAGCCAGGCUCCGCAGGGGAGAGGAGGAUGACGGCGCGGCGCCGGGCCCUGCAGCCGCCCGCGAACCGCGACCUUCGCGAGGACGACGGUGACGUGGCGCCGGAGGGCCCAGCGACGGCCGUCUGGCGGUGCCGCCCCAACGCGCCCAGCGGGGAUGAGGGAGAUGGCGAGGAUAAUGCUCCGAGCGAGUCGCAAGCGGCCUCCUCCCCUCGACUUCCGAAGAAGCACGAGGCCGACCCGGCGCCCAAACGGCCGGCCCUCCCCCGGGCUGCCCUGCAGCCUCCAGGCUCAGCAAAUCGGUGCCGCCCGGCCUCCAUGGUAGAGGAGGGCAGCCCCAGCGCGGUGGAAGACCACGUCUUCUCUGACCCUGCCGACCAAUCACAAGCCUCGGCGGCAAGGCCCGUCACGGCGGAGGCGGAGCCUCGGAGGUCACGGAGGAUGAUAGUGAAGUGCCACUCGCUGGGGCAACAGCUGGACGAAUAGCCGUGGCGAAGGAGCAGGAGAGGCUGUGGCUGACGGCCUUGUGCCGUGCUGCUGAUGCUGGAACAGGCCUGGGCCGCUGAAGCCUCCCGCCUGCUGCCCCGGGUCGAAGAAACCGAGCUUGAAUUAACCUCCUGAGCGGUGCGCUGGUCUUCCCUUUAAGCGGUGCCUUAUUUCACAUGCGCUCAUCUCGCGGUCGCACGCUUCCUUCGAACGUGUUGCGUCGAUGUGUGCAACUGUAAAUCCUCAACGCGCAAGCGUCGCUCGCUCCGCUGUGCAUGCGAGCCGCGGGUAGCGGUGAGGGGCUGCUGGUUUAACUCUUGCUAGCGGGGCCACGCUCAGCGUUGCUGCCACCGGCGAUUGUUCAAGACAUGGGGAGUCACGUUUUCGGGAUGGGUGGUGCAGUGAUUCGCGCUCCGUGCUAUGAACUAUACAACCUGAGUUCGACUCCCAGAAACGGGUCGAUGCUGGGUGGGUAAAACACAGAUUCCAUUAAUUUGGACUAGUUCUGGGCCUCCCCUAGGUCCAGAAUCUGCUACAAUGUGUAAACAUCAACACAGGGGAAAGGAAAUCGGCCGAGUGUAAUACUGGCCACAUCCGCCCCUGUCGUGUGGUGGAGCCGGCCUUAAUAAGUGCUCGCUGACAGCACUUGCUGUCAGCGAGCCCUGGUCUGUGCUCCUCCCUACUGAGUCAUGAGCCAUUGCUGUUGACGCCAAGAGCUGCCAUUGUAUCGUUAUAAACUUGAACUCGCAACUGGUUUUUGUGAUGUUAUUGAGCGUUCUUCUUGGUUCUUUCGGUAAAGUCACGUAGAAGGGAAAUAAUAAAAUAAAAUUUUUUUAUAAUACAUUUAUUUUAUUUUAUUAUUUCCCUUCUACGUGACUUACCGAAAGAACCAAGAAGAUGAAUCCCUGCAGUCACGAAAGCUUUAAAUCGAAAUUAUUGAGCGUUCUUAACGAGUGUAGUGUCAUUCUGGAUUGUUAAUGUUAUGGUCAGUAAUUUGUUCAUGUUUUGCAGGGGCGGUAUUUUAAUAAUUGUCGUUUUGCACUGUUGCUAUGAUUAAUGCCAAGGAAUGUUCAAGCAAUGCAAAGCAAAGGUUGCGUGUGCAAACGAUGGGAGGCUCAGUGGCACCGCGGCUGCGAGCGGUCACGCAUUGACCUCUACUGCAGAAACUCGGUAAAAUUAUCUCCUGCCGGACCACAAUCCCAGGCUGAAGCGAUGGGUUACUUAACACCCACUCUCUUAACAUAUCCCAAAGCGUACGCGGUACGCUCGGUAACAUAACCCAGCAGCGUUUUGUUGUUGUUUGUUUUGCUGCUGUAUGAAGGUGAAUAUGCUUGAAUGGAAAGUGGUGUGCCAGUCAUUUUCCACGUUAAAGAGAAUGUGGCGGGAGGUGAGGGUCUGGGUCAGAGAGACGCGGUUUGGCCGAGACACGAAGCCGUUCAAGUCUCCCGCUCGCUCCUCUUGGCAAUGGGUUAAAAGCGAUUGUAACCGCUACGAUACUUGCGUUGAUUCGCGAUGCGUGCCCCGACUUGAUUAGUCACAUCGCGAGGAGUGCGAAUUGUUCGGGGCUGGUCCGGUGCCUUUCCUCCCGGGCCCCUCAUCCAUGCUGGCGCUGGGCAGACGCGUGCAGUAUUGUAGCUGUUGAGUGUGCAGGCGGUGUCACUGCACGGGGCCCACGGGCUAGAGGGGCCCAGGCACUGGGUUGCAAGGAGGGGAAUGGCAAACAGGGCCCCCCCAUUUCAUUCCUUGCACCAGGACCGUGCUGACCAAGAUACGUCGCACGGAGGACGCGUUGGCAAGACGUCAUGAGGACGUUCAUCGUGGGUUUUACAUCGAAUUUAUACCAUUAGUACUUUUGAUAUAACAGUUGGUUUCAUAGUUACGUAAUUUGUUACGUAAACUCGUGCAAUGUUAUGCUGUGCGCAUACUGUAAAGCUAAAUUAAAUCGAGGUUCGCACUGACUGUGAGCAGUGUGUUUUUAUAAUGAAUCUGCCAUUUACACGAUUUCAGACGUACGUUUCACUUGAAAGAUUUGGGUAAUCAAUUAAAUGUAAGAAGUGGAUUUUACUUAUGUCAACAAAAUAGGACUGCGAUGAUGAUGAUGCAAUUCAUCUCUCCACCUUGAUAGGGGAGAAAUCCUCAUGAAAUGUGACUGAUACACGCUGGGAUGGUGAUGGUGCCUUCAGUUUUGUGAACUCGUCAAACCGGUUGACUUAUUCCAUGAAUAAGCCAUAUUUUAUAAAACCAUAAAUUAUUACACAGUAAACAUGGAACGUUGGACCAACGUUGCGUCCAACGUUGGUUCAACGGUUCCAACCGCACGGUUGCUGGGUGAACUUCAAGAUGACGACCCACGUUUGUUACGAUGAUGAUUGUGAAAUGUUGACUGUGUUGAGGGUGUCUACAUGGUCCUGUUGUUGAGUGCUAAUGCCAUUACAGCUGUCAGGCCUGCCCAUCUCUCUAUGACAGACCAGAGGGAUGGUACAGAGAGACAAACAGACAAAGAUCCCCCCUGUAGCCUUAACAGACUCUUGGGGCAAGUGCUCUUAGCGAGCACCUAUGAAGGCCGGCACGGCACACGAUGGGGUGGGUGUCCAGCACCACGCCCGACCGCCUUUGUUUCCCCAGUGGUGAUGUUCACAUACCGCACGAGGUACUCGUUUGAGGCUGAGCCGACCUAGGGGAGGCCCAGGACCGGUUCAGAUAAUCGUCACUGAUGUUGGCCGUGAACGGGAAUCGAACUCGGGCUGCUGGAUUCAUAGUGCAGCGUGCUAAUCACAACACUACCACUCCCCACAGAGCCCCAACACUACCACACACGUGGUCCAGACAGUUCACAAUUUUACAGUGAGAUACGCACGUGCUUUCCUGUAAACCAGUGAUUUGCCGGUGAGUACUGAUGAAGAUGUCACUGGGCUACGAAGUGUCCAGGAGACUGCAGUACAGCAAGUGGGCUGUGUGGCCCUUUGCAUACAGCCAAGUGGCUCGGUGGUAGAGCAAGUGGCUCACAAUUGAAAGUUCAAAUGCUGGUUGGGGGUUGACUCAUCAUCCCUCUGGGGUAUGGUAAAACAUUAGUACCACUUUGUGGCAAGGUCAACAGAGGUUGUCCUUUAGAUAGACUCGCUCCCACCAGAGGAAUGUGGAAUUACACCACUGACUCAAUUAUCACUUAAUCAAAAACAUAACUUUGACCUUAUUGGUUCUUUCGGUAAAGUCACGUAGAAUUG